UUGAUAAUAAAGUGCGUUCUAUUCUUCUACAUGGUCACCACUUGUGCUAUUCUCAAUAUACCUCAAAAUAUUUUUUGCAUCUGUUUAUUACAAUGAAUAGGCCUACUUCCAACGAGGCUGAGGAACAAAUCAACGAUUCAUCUAAGUUAUUGACUGAAAAUCUGUUGAAGGAAUUGUUUCAGACAGGUUUAGUCAAAGUUUUAGUUCCGCAUGUAACUGGAGUACUGAUAGAUGCACUCGUUGUUAGUGUUACAACCUUCGUUGGUACCCUGGCUCGUGGUCAAGUUGGAGCUUUGAUUGGAGCUGCCACAGGCAUAACAAUCAUAAUUAUACCAAAAGCUAUGGGACAUGGCAACUACAAACCUUUAAUGGCAGUUAUAAAGGAGGACAUGACAGAGGAAGACAGGGAUCGAUUUCUUGAGAUAGUCUGGAAUCAAGGGUUAAAGUAUUGCCUCGGAAAGAAAUACUCUGAGAAUCAGUUAAAGGAUCCAGCUGUAAUGAAUUCAGCUGUAACGGAGUUGAAGAAGAAUCCAGAAGCAAUAGAAACUAUCGAAAAUGUGGUCAAUCAAGCUCUUGCCGAAAAGAAAAUGAGUUUAGCUAAAACGGAAUGAUCACUUUAGAUUCAAAAUGCCUCUUAUUGAACUGCUCCUACAUAAUUUGUUAUAAAUUGUUAAAUCUGGUUAAAUCAAUAAAGCAUUUUCGAAAGAGAAAAUUGUGCAAAUCUACAUGGAAACGAGUUCGGAUGUCGUCGCACCUCUGCAGUUUGACUCGUGAUGGCUGAGCUCACGGUAGUAACACAAAACAAUCCACCACAGGUACGUUUCCAAGCCUAUGAAAACAAGUCGGAAAAUGUACAUAAUUGCGAGCGGAAUUCCUUCACAAUCUCCUGUGUGUUACCAAUGAAGCAGGACAUGAUGAAGACGGUGGAAACACCAUGAGAAACAUUAGCGGUGAACGCCAUGAUAAAGCCAGAGAUUAAAAUGAUUGUGUGAAUAGAUCUCAUCAGCAUGUCGCCCACGAGCCAAGGUACCAGCAGAAUCGAUCGAC